AUGCUGGCGGAGCGAGAGUUGCAAGCGGAAGAAACGCAGACGUCGCAGAAUGUAACUUACAAGCUUUUGGAUGAGAACACGACACUAGCCGACCGGCAGCAAGGAUUCUCUCCGUCGGAGCUACCCCGGAGUCUGCAGGAUGCCCUUCGAGUCGCGCAUGAUCUCAGCAUUCGAUACAUCUGGAUCGACGCACUUUGCAUCAUCCAGGGCUCAGAAGAAGAUUGGCUGCAUGAGUCGGCCAGAAUGGCCAGCAUCUACAAGAACGCCUUCAUCACAAUAGUCGCAGCAAAUGCCCCGGACACCAGCCAUGGCUUCUUCUCCAUGGCCGAGCAUCCAUGUCAGCUUCCAGUCGAACCCUCACACGAGGAGCAUCAAACGAGAUUCGUCACCGUAGAUACUGCAGUUCCCUUCAAAGAUGAGCCAACUAAUCGCCGGGCCUGGACUCUCCAAGAAUGGGAAUUGGCUCGCCGCCGGCUGGUCUUUACUUCCUCUGGUAUACAUUACAUUUGUCCACAACAUAUGCUCGAUAAGGGGAAGAAUAAGCCUUUCGGCGCCAUGUAUGCCCCUCACCUCGAAGUAAACUCGAAUUGGGGCGGCCUUGUGCAGAAUUAUACGUCUCGAAGCCUCACCAAUCCGCAAGACAAACUGUCCGCCAUAGAAGGAAUGGCUCAGACUUUUGUCCUACUCACAAAGGGUGAGAACGGUCGCUGCUUGGCGGGUCUAUGGGAGAAGCAGCUAGAGAAGAGUCUGCUCUGGCGGCAAGGGGGAAUCGCAAAUGCUUUCUUCCCCGAGUCUCACAACACUCGGCCAGAUGAUUGGAUAGCGCCAUCGUGGUCAUGGGCAUCCAUCAAAGGAUCCGUCGAUUUCACUCUUGGGACGUCUGGGACAAGCCUUGUGGAGAUCAUCGGUGCCGAAACCACGUUGGCGUCACCUGAUAAUCCUUACGGGAGAAUUGUUUCGGGGUCUUUGACAAUCUCAGGUCCAUGUAUGGCUAUUGAAGUUGUGGACGGCGCAAAAUUCAGCCGGAGAAGAGAAUCUGACGGGUCUAGAUGGUUCAAGCUCAGGGGCAAAAAGGUCGGAUACCUGUAUCUUGAUGCCGACGCCAACAUCCAGGAGCAGCAUGAGGCGUUGGAGAACCAAGGAGAGUUAGUCGCCAUGGUUCGAAAGGGCAGAGAAACGAGAGUUGAUAAUUGCCGAAAAUUAACCGAGGCGAACACCGGGCCGGGCCGAUCAUUCACAUCUCAACUCUCACAACUCAACGUCGUAUCUGAAGAAGUUGCAAUCGUGACUAUCCUAUCUUUUAAUUCUCUACACUUUGACUUUCAAGCACAUCACUUCGAAGCGCUGUAUAACGUCACUUCGCCGCAGCGGCAGUCUGCGUUCACAAUGGUCGCCCCAGCAGACGGCAAGACAUCGCCGCUGCUCUCACUCGCCGCGGGAGGCAUCGCCGGCGGUGUGGAAGCCGCAUGCACGUACCCCUUCGAAUUCGCCAAGACGAGAGUCCAACUCUACGGACACCAGAAAGGCACGCGGAAUCCCUUUGCGAUUGUUCUGCGCGUUGCGCGCGAUGAAGGGUUGCCGGCGCUGUACAAGGGAUGCAGCACCAUGAUCGUGGGGUCCGUCGGGAAAGACGCGGUGCGGUUCCUCGCGUUCGACAGCAUUCGCUCCGUGUUUGAGGACAAGAAGACGCAUACACUCGGUCCCAUGCAGAGUAUUGCGUCGGGCAUGGUGGCUGGGAUCGUCAGCAGCACAGUCAUUGUCACGCCGAGCGAGCGCAUCAAGACGGCCCUCAUUGACGAUGCCAAGACGACGCGGCGGUUCAAGGGCGCGGUAGAUUGCAUUGCGACAUUGACGCGAGAGCAGGGAGUCUUGAAGGCUCUUUGGCGCGGCUACAUCACAACGACGCUGAAACAGAUCGGCACCACGGGAUUUCGCCUGGGAAGCUACAGUAUUAUCAAGGACUUUGAGCGUAGCAAGGGGAUUAGUCCCGAGGGGCCGGUCAUGAGCUUCGCCAAUGGCGCGCUUGCUGGAACCGUCACCACUGUGGCGACGCAACCGUUUGAUACCGUCAAAACCAAGGCUCAACAGGCCAAGGCCGUGGGCACAAUGGAGUCCUUCCGAGCCAUCAUGGCCGAGGAUGGAGUCAAGGGCCUUUGGAGAGGAACGGUAAUGAGGCUGGGACGAACUGUCUUGGCCGGUGGCAUCCUUUUCACGGCUAAUGAGCAAGCAUUGAAGGGACUGAAGUUACUGUUGAGCAAAUGA